CCCAUCAUGUCUCCCUCAGCCCUCAGCCCCGACCCUUCUCCUCCCCUUCACCGUCCUGACGAUGCUCUCUCCGUCCGGCCGCAUCCUCCGCGUCUUCAGCACUCUCCUUCCAUGCCCAACAUUUGGUUCCCCCCGCAUUCUGGACCUAUUCCUGCGCGUCUAACUGAAAAUCCGGCAGCAGAUACUUGCGAAGAGCCUGAUCAAGAUGUCCGCACCCCCACUAGCACUAAAUGCAUACCGGACGAACAUCGCUCACAGCUCGCGUCUCUCGACACCAAUAAGCGGCGGCUGCGCUGCGACACCGAUAUCCCGCUGACGCCGCCCCUGACGCCGUCGUCCAGCAUCCGGACAGCGACCAGCAUAGAAUCCAGUGCUAGUACUAAUGCUAGUGUGGCUUCGAGCGCGAGCAGCUUGCCGACUUCAAUCUUCGAGGAUCGGAUUGGGUUCUCAGAUCCAGACUCGACCUCGACCCGUUUCUUGAUUUUGAAGAAUGUGUCCCGGACCGUAACUCCGGAUACACUCCAGGCUGCGCUCGUGGCCACCCUCUAUGAGAGCAACCUGAUUUACCACCCCUCCCGCGAUAUCGCUCAGGCGGUGGCCAUGGCCGACGUCAUCAAAGGCGUAUUUCUUCGCUUCCACCAAUCUCACGGCAUCGCGGUACUGGCUUUCUAUGACGUCCGCCAGGCUAAAGCUGCGCUGACGGUGCUAUCAACCCCGGGUACGGGCCCUCUGCUCCAGUGCGUUGGCGAAAAAGCGACACCUGGGCCAGCUGGAGGAUGGCUCGAGUGUGCUUUCAUCAGUGAGAAGAACCUCAUCGAUAUGGCGGGAAAGUCCUCGUUUCUCAAUGAUAUACAGGGCACGCUCACCCUCGUCGCUGAGUUGGUUCCUGCCGGAGGAGGGGACGAUACUGUUAACCCAGAUGCUAUCAGCGUUGCCACCACGGUCGGCGUGCUCAAGGAGGUUGGUGCUUUACGCUCGUUCCUGCUUUCUGCAACGGCCAAUCAGUUCUCCAGCCGUCUUGUCUUUGAGGUGGAGUUCUACGACAGUCGGGACGUGGAGAACGCGUGCAAGACUGUGGAUGGACACAUGUUUUUCGGAACGCGUCUGACCAUUUCGCCGCGCGACUGUCGUCCAACGGAGGAAGCUAGUCUUCAAUUUCCCAUUGUCGACGAAGAUGCGGAGGAGGCUUUUGUGCCGAGAACCCGGCAACGCAGCGCCAGCGAUGGUCACGAGAGCCUCGACUCUUUGUCAACAUCGCCGCCGCUGUUCUAUUCGUCACCCCCAACGUCGCCAUCAAGCGGUACGCCCCGGACGCCCGAAUCACACAGCCGCACGGUGUCGAACCAUCUAUCCUUUGAUGCAGUCCGGCAAAUUGCCGACGCGACCCCGACUCGGCCCAGAAGCGCCAGCGUCGGUAGCUCUGGGGGUCCGGAAGCGGUGCACGCAGAGUAUUUGCAUGAGCCCCCGGUCUAUCCAUCGUUCUACCCAUGCUCGACCCCGCCCUUGCCACCAGCCUUCUAUGCGUUCCCGGCGCAUCAUGCCAACCAGUUCAUGACCCCACCAGCGGCCAUCACUCACCACGGUCACCACCCGUAUGAACACUGGCAGUACGAGCCGACGCUCAUCUACCCAGGCCCUUUCCCGCCACCGCCACCGCCACCGCCGCCGAUGGGUCCCGAAUUCUGGCCGGGAUCGCCAGCGCCCCUCCACCCGAUCCCAUGUUACCACCACUAUGCGGCGCCGCCGCAGCACACACACCGUCACGCGACGGCAAGUGGACCGCCACCGAGUCGGGUGGCUGUGCCAUCAUCGAAUUCGAACGGGGCGAGCAACGAGCGGAAUCUGCUGAACCUGGCGAAGAUCGAGAACGGGGAGGACACGCGCACGACUGUGAUGAUAAAGAACAUCCCGAACAAGAUGAGCGACAAGGACCUCAUGGUCUACGUCGCCAAGGUUUGUCCGCGGAGAAUAGACUUUUUGUAUCUCAGGAUGGAUUUUACCAACGGAUGCAACGUUGGUUACGCAUUUGUCAACUUUAUCUCCGUCCAAGAUCUACUGCGUUUUGCAAAAGCCAGGCUGGGCGAGAAGUGGAACAUGUUUUCGAGCGAGAAGGUCCUGCAGAUGAGCUAUGCCAAUUAUCAAGGAAAGGAGGCACUGGUGGAGAAAUUCAAAAACUCUUGCAUCAUGGAUGAAAAAGAAGAAUGGCAGCCCAAGAUAUUCUAUUCGGCAGGGCCCGAGCAAGGGCUGCCUGAACCGUUCCCGGCUCCGACUCAUCUGCGUCGGAAGGAGCGGAGUUCGUAUAACCGGGGGCCGCUGUAUGGGCCCGGCUCGCUGCAGACUUCGCUCGGUGCUCGCCGACACAUGGAGGACCGCCAAUCGUCGGGCCAGCGGUACCCUCCUCGUCUUCUGCGCGACAACGAGAACCUGGCAAAGAAGUGAAUCUUUAUAUGCUACUUAUUUGACUUAUGAUGUUGUAACCGCUGACCCUCCGACUCUUUCGCUCUGAUUUGUUUUCCGAGUCGCAUGCUGUCUAAUGCUAUACAAUCUGAUUCUAUGUAAUCCCUGGGAGCUUUGUUUCCUUCAAUGCUUAGUGCAGGCGGCCGCAGCAUGUCUGCUGAUCAGGGGAAUGGGGAAGUUACCCCGUGGGGUUAAACAGAUCCGGGACGUCGUCCACACUAAAUCACCAAGAUAUCUGCUUUGCGGUUGCGGCUCGUCCGUGCACUGGAAGGAUUGGGCCGACGCUCGACGCCGCCAUCAGCUGACAAAAGCUCCCGCCGACACGAGUGCCUCCCAUCAAGUCUUUGCCGACGACGGAUUUAGAGCGGAGCUUGGUCCUCCCGCGAUUGCCGAUAAUCAGGCCGGUUCCAGGGAAAAUAAUGUCGACACACCUAUAUAAAGGACCUCUUCUGCGCAACGGCCCUUCCCACGGACACCCACAGCCGGACACCA